AUGGACGUAUUUAAGACGAAGUUUUUAUCCGAAGACUGGAAGGUCCUGGUCAGAGAGGACGAUCAAGAGCGAUGGCUUGAUGUUAAAAAGCUGGACGGGGAGGUAACUGUGAAAUACGAGGGUCGGUGGAUACCGUGGGACGAUCUUAAGCAACGCAAUGUCGUGAUCACGAAAGAAGAGUUCGUCAAGUCUCCGAUUGCAUGGCCCCCACCGAAGGGAUAUCCGUCCCGCAUUAAUUAUAGUCGCAAGUCCAUCUGUUGGCUGGAGUUACUGAGACAUCGAGCUCAAGCCUCGGGACGCGUGUUAGACAUUCAACAUGCCCUGACGGGGCGUGGGGAAUACCGAGUACCCGGUACCCGCUAUUCCGUAGACGGAUACGUUCCGCCCAAUGCAGAACACCCUCGUGGCGUGGCUUACGAGUUUCACGGUUGUCUGUACCACGCCUGUCCCGUCUGUUACAAGGACCGAGACGCCGUGCUGAUUCCAAACUCCGACCAAACAGCUUCCGAUUUUUUUACUCUGACAGAACACAAGGAGCAUCGACUCCGAGAAGAGGGGUUCAAAGUCGUUACCAUCUGGGAACACGAGUUUGACGCCCUGUUAGUCGCGGAUGACGAUGCCAAGUCGUCUGUCGAUAGUUUGGAAGUGGUGGAUCGUCUCUACCCUCGGGACAGUCUGAUGGGUGGACGUACCAACGGAUGCGUGCUCUACAAGCGAGCGACGAGGAACACAAAUAUCAAAUACGUCGACUUUACGUCGCUGUAUCCCUUUGUCAACAAGACGUGUCGUUACCCCGUCGGACACCCAGACAUCGUCACUCGCGAUUUCGCCGACCUGACGACGUAUUUCGGAUUGGCCAAAGUCAAAGUACUUCCACCACGUGAUCACUUUCUUCCGGUCUUAGGUUAUCGCACAGGAGGUAAAUUAACCUUUCCCCUCUGCCGAACGUGCGUCGAACGUCAACAACAGACACCCUGUGUCUGUAACGAUACACAGAGGGCUCUGACGGGGACGUAUUGUACACCAGAACUCUUGAAAGCCAUUGAGAAAGGAUACAAAAUCUUAAACAUCUACGAGAUAUAUCAUUGGAAUGAAACGACGCAAUAUGACUCAAGCACGAAGACGGGAGGCCUUUUUGCGUCAUACAUUAAUAUGUUUCUUAAAAUAAAACAAGAGGCCAGUGGGCGACCGGCAUGGGUCAAGACCGAGGCCGAUCUCGAGCGUUACAUUGAAAUGUACGAAGAAAGGGAAGGCAUUCGCCUAGACCCGAACAAAAUCGAAGUCAAUGCGGGUCUAAGGAGUUUAGCAAAACUGUUGCUGAACAGUUUCUGGGGGAAAUUCGGUCAACACAUGAAUCUGACCAAGACUCAAUUUAUUCAUGACAGCCAGGCUCAUGUACUCUUCGGUCAGAUGACUAACCCCACCGUCCACAUCGUCGACUUUAAUAUCGUGGACGACGAGAAUCUGAUGCUUUCCACUAAACGCACCUCGGAGGAAAUGUGUGCACCGGGUCACACUAACGUCUUCUUAGCGUCCUUCACCACCUGCUGGGCACGAUUAAAACUCUACGAGCUACUGGAUCAAUUACAAUCCCGCGUGCUCCACUGGGACACCGAUUCCGUGAUUUACAUGACGAACGAAGGGAAAUGGGAACCCCCCGUCGGGGACUAUUUAGGCGAACUCACUAACGAACUUGAGGAGGGAGACUGGAUCACGGAAUUCGUGUGUAAUGGCCCCAAAAACUAUGCUUAUCAAACCCACAGAGGUAAACGCGUAUGUAAAGUCAAAGGAUUUUCUUUAAAUUAUGCCAAUUCGCAGAUCCUUAAUUUAGAAAGAAUGAAGGAUGCCAUGUUUAAUAGAGACGACACUCACCUCGGCGUUUACCACACCCACAACCCCAGCCAGAUCUGUCGAGAAAAAAUUCACAGUGAACUGUAUUCGCAGGAAGAACUGAAGGAAUAUUCUGCCGUAUAUACCAAACGGGUCGUCCAGCCGGACCUGACCACACUGCCAUACGGAUAUUGA